GUUUGGAUGAGACUGUUUAUGAUAGAUGCUCGUUAGGCUGCAGAAGGAGAGUAUGGAUAUCUGGAAGGGAGCUGUCGUUUGUUUCCUAGUUAUUGGAUUAACCUCUGUCACAGGCCAGUGUCCGGGCAAGGCUGACAUCAUGUUUCUCGUGCCGGGCUCGGAUGCAGUGCCGGGCCACGAGUUCUUCCCGUUCGAGCGUUUCCUCAUCAACCUGGUCAGCUUCUUCAACAUCGACCGGGACAACGUCAACGUCGGACUCAUCCUGUACGGGAAAACGCCCGUCCCCUUUGCAUGGCCACAGCCAUUUAAGAGUCAAAAACAAAUUAACACUCGUAUAACGCUAAUGAGCCAGCGCUUAUCCUAUGCGGACGAACUAAAUGGCGGAAACAAUCUUACUGCGGCCUUAUCGUUGAUGCGAAAAAUGUUUACCAACCCCACCGGGCAAACAGGCAGUGGCCGUCGGAACAAUGCCAGGCAGAUCGGGGUGGUGUUCACGUACGAUUCCGUGAGCAUAGAUGAGCGUCAGUCUGUGAUAGAGGCAGCGAAAGCGGCAAGGGGUGAUGGUAUUACGUUGUACGGAGUGGGGAAGGGCCAGGCGGGUCCCGAGUUCUCCCACAUCGGCUCUGAUUACUGCAAGUCGUUCUCAAUGGGCCGCUUCAUCGACGGGCUCCCCAGUGUGUUGGCUUUCCUAGGCUCCAGCCUCUGUUCCGAGAUGAACCCCAACGUUAACGUCACAGAGCUAAACUGCUUCCCACAGCUAUAUCAAAGCAAAGAACCGGAACCGGUACAGUGUGACGGGCGCUCCCUUCUCUUCCCCGACCCUGAGAACUGCGCCUACUUCUACCACUGCCGUUUCCGGCGCCCGGUUCAGGAGCGCUGCUCCACCGGCAUGUUGUUCGACCCGAGCGCCAGCGCGUGCAACUACAAGGAGUUCGUAUCCUGCUACACUGACAUCAAGUGUCCCAUGCAGAAUGGACUGUUUCCACACCCGACCGACUGCAGCAAGUACAUCAACUGCUUCGACUUCCGGCCGUACGUUCAGAAAUGCCCGAAUAAUAUGUGGUUUGACGCAACAACUAAAGGAUGUGGGUUUACGGCCGCGGUCGCAUGCACUUAGUCCUGAACCACAUAUAUACGCAAUACUGUACUGUGUGAAAUCUGUAUAUCUAGAUGAUUUGUACGUGCCAAGAUGAAACCAGAACUAUGCUGACGUCUCCGUAUGUGACAUUUUUAAGGUGCACUUAUUCAUACAUUUGAAAGAUAACAUACACGACAAACAUUGUGCUUAUUUCACUUGUGUUAAUG